AUGAUCCUGGUGCGCAGGUUCCGGGUGCUCAUCCUGAUGGUCUUUCUGGUGGCCUGCGCGCUGCACAUCGUGCUGGACCUGCUGCCCAAGCUGGAGCGGCGCGCCGCCCGGCCGUCCGGGGAGCCCGGCUGCUCCUGCGCGCAGCCCGCGGCCGAGGCGGCGGCACCCGGCUGGGCCAAGGCGCGCGGCCGGCCGGGGGAGCCUCCGGCCCCCGCCUCUGCCGCCGGAGACUCCGGCUGGCCCAACAAGCACACGCUGCGCAUCCUGCAGGACUUCAGCUCCGACCCCUCCUCCAACCUCACGUCCCACUCCCUGGAGAAACUGCCUCCCGCGGCCGACCCGGCGGAGGGAGCCUUGCGGCGGCAGGAUCCCGGCGCCCCCAGGCCCCGCGACACCGCGCACCGGCCGCUGCUCCGAGACCUCGGUCCCCGCCGAUCCGCGCCGCCCCCUGGCCCGAGUGGGGACGGCUCCCUGCUGGCCAGGCUGUUCGAGCACCCGCUGUACCAGGUCGCCGUCCCGCCGCUGACGGAGGACGACGUUCUCUUCAACGUGAACAGCGACAUCAGGUUCAACCCCAAGGCGGCGGCAGAGAACCCCAACUGGCCCCAGGAAGGUCCCGCCGACGAGGAGUUCCUGCCCACGGGGGAGGCGGCGGUGGACAGCUACCCCAACUGGCUCAAGUUCCACAUCGGCAUCAACCGCUACGAGCUGUACUCCAGACGCAACCCGGCGGUGGGGGCCCUGCUGCAGGACCUGGGCGCGCAGAAGAUAACGAGUGUGGCCAUGAAGUCGGGGGGCACGCAGCUCAAGCUCGUCAUGACGUUCCAGAACUACGGGCAGGCGCUGUUCAAGCCCAUGAAGCAGACGAGAGAGCAGGAGACGCCUCCUGACUUCUUCUACUUCUCCGACUACGAGAGGCACAACGCGGAGAUCGCUGCCUUCCACCUGGACAGGAUCCUGGACUUCCGCCGGGUCCCUCCCGUGGCCGGCAGGAUGAUCAACAUGACCAGGGAAAUCCGGGACGUCACACGGGACAAGAAGUUGUGGAGAACCUUCUUCAUCUCUCCAGCCAACAACGUCUGCUUCUACGGGGAGUGCUCCUACUACUGCUCCACCGAGCACGCCCUGUGCGGGCGGCCCGACCAGAUCGAGGGCUCGCUGGCCGCCUUCCUGCCGGACCUGUCCCUGGCCAAGAGGAAGACGUGGCGGAACCCUUGGCGACGCUCCUACCACAAGCGCAAGAAGGCAGAGUGGGAGGUGGACCCCGACUACUGCAAGGAGGUGAAGCGGACGCCCCCCUACGACAGCAGCCACCGCAUCCUGGACGUCAUGGACAUGACCAUUUUCGACUUCCUCAUGGGAAACAUGGACCGCCACCACUACGAGACCUUCGAGAAGUUCGGGAACGAGACGUUCAUCAUCCACCUGGACAACGGAAGGGGGUUCGGGAAGUACUCCCACGACGAGCUCUCCAUCCUGGUGCCUCUCCAGCAGUGCUGCAGGAUCAGGAAGUCCACCUACCUGCGGCUGCAGCUGCUGGCCAAGGAGGAGUACAAGCUGAGCCUGCUGAUGGCCGAGUCCCUGCGCCAGGACCGCGUGGCCCCCGUGCUGUUCCAGCCGCACCUGGAGGCCCUGGACCGGCGCCUGCGCCUCGUGCUGCAGGCCGUCGGGGACUGUGUGGGGAGGGACGGGCUGCGCCACGUGGUGGACGACGACCUGGACCCCGGGCACAGAGGCUCCGCCGACAGGUAGUGACCGCAGCCGUCGGCCGGCGCCGAGGACGGACACGAGCGACCGCGCCGCGCACUCGCCAGCCCACAGGGCCACUCCUGGACCCGGGAGCCUCGGACGGGCGCCCCCCGGCAGUGGGCCCCACAGCACACGCUCCGUCCGUCUCCCCGGCCAGAGCGCGUCGGGGACGGGGCCCCGCGGACAGCAGCCGCUCGCCCUUCCGCACGGACGGGAACCUCGUUCACUGCUCUCUAUUUAUGCACAGGUCGCACGUGUGUGAAUAGAGAGGGCUGCAUAGACCCCAGGUCCACACCGAGGGGGCCUGCUCCUGGGCCACGUGCCCCGCGAAGGGCCCGCAGGCUCCUGGCCGAACUGAGAAUAAAAGCCCUUUCCCCUCCCUCCCUGGCCACACUUGGAGGGCCCCCUCCGAGACCACGGCCCUGGUGGCCGGCACGGACUUGCGUGGACAGACAAGCGUCUGUUUUAAAGUGACAAAAACGGCCAGUUACUCCGUUUCUCGGCGCCGCCCACGAGUACCUGGGACCCUCCCGGGGGGCAGCUGAGGCCGAAGCUCAUCUUCUGACUCUGCUUUGGAGACUCGGCGAUGGCGCGUCCCUCCGACGGGGCCCUCCAGGCGCCCCUGGCGCGCUUCUCCGGAGUAGUCUGCAAUGUGAUGGAAGUGCAAUAAAGAGACAGCCAGUGCGUGUUGGGGCCUCCAUGGGGCCCACCCCGCCUGCCCCCCAGGUGAGCGAGCGCUGGCGACGGGCACGGCCGAGGCCCCAGCUCUCGCAGUGUCCACGCUGGCCAGGCACCUGGGCUGGAAGGAGGGGCCCGGAGCAACACUGAGCUCUCCGGGGGGAGAGCGCGCAGGGCAGGGCAGGGCGGCCGGGCACCACCCGUCCCACUCCUGAGGGAGCAGCUCUGAGAGGCAGGUGGAGACUGCCCCUCGAGCAGGCCGAGGGCGGCACCGGGUGGGCGCACCAUGGUCACCCAGGGGAGCCGGGACAGCGGUGGCUGCAGGAAGAGGAGCCUAAGAGAUCCAGCCCCCCAACCGAAGGCUCCCCUCGCCUGCUGGCCACGGGCCGUGAGGCAGCCUCGGUGAGCCCCGCCUGGGAAGGUCCGGGCUCUGUCCAAGCCGCCAGAGCAUCUCCUGAGAGCACACACGGGCGCCGUGAGCCUCGGUGCUCACAGAGCUCGAGAGACCCGGGAGCCGCGUCUGGGAACCAGCCUCCCGGCCUCUCACUGGGCGUGUCCUCCCCCCGGCGUGGCCCAGUACCUGUCCACCGGUGUCCCUGGUCCCUGGAGCUGGGCUGAGAAGUCAGUGUUUCCCUCACCUGACAGAUGGGGAAACUGAGGCUCGGGAGGCUCCCUCUGUGCAAAGGUCAGUUUGGGCUCCAGGAAUGGCAGAGCCUGGGCCCCGGGCCCCCGGACACACUGGGGCCGAGCUCAAGUCCGGCAGGCUCUCCCACACAGACGAGCCGAGUGCCAGGCCUCGGACGUGACAUUGGGGCGGCCCCCAGACACCUGUCCCCACCCCAACUCCUGCCCAGCAUGCUUGUGGCCCCACGGCCUCCGCGUGGGCGCCCCAUCCGCCAGUCGCAGCCGUGGGGUGUGAUGCCCGCCCACCUGGUGCAGGGCCCACAGCUUCCCGGGCACCCUCCCUCCUGCCUCAGGGCUGCCCCGCCCCCGCCAGGGCUCUGCUGCCGGGACCCUGUCCCAUCCUGCCGUUUUACGCCGUCUGACCCAGGCUCUGGCGGGUGGGUGGGCUUCCUGAGUUCUGCGUGGAGAGAGUGGCAUUUGGGGCCCACGUGUGCCUGACGGCUGGAUGGCCGGGGUCCCGCCGGAGCACCCGGUGCACCCAGCCUCUGGUGCUGGCCCACGUAUCGGUGUGGAGCGGAGACGGGGGAGGGUGUGUGGGCCCAGGGCUGAGGGAGUCGACCGAGAGGAAGAAAAUGGCUUUUCCACCAGAGCUGAGCCGCCUGCCUUGUCGGCAUCUGGGGCAGCAUUUGCCAGAGGGUCCAGGAGAACCCAUGGGCGAGAAUCCAAACACUAUUUAAAAAAUAAAACAGAGAAAAAUCCAGA